AUGGACGCUUUUGAGAAGUGGUUCAGAGAGAAUGGUGGCUACCUACAUCCAUCAGUCCAGUUUGCCCAAGAUGCUGAACACGGCUCUCAUUUCCGAGCCACCGCAAGCAUUGCGCCUAGUACACACAUUCUCACAGUACCUCAUAAUCUGGCAUUGUCGAAUCUGAAUGCCCAGGUGGACGAUGAUUUCCCCGUUUUCAGAACCCACGCGCAGAAAUUCACUGUGCAAAGUCUUGGCUUCUUCUAUUUGAUGGCGCAGUGGCUGAACAAGGACAAGUCUUUCUGGAAGCCUUAUCUGGACAUUCUGCCCUCUCCUGAACAAGGUUUCGAAACUCCUAUGUUCUAUGGUGAAGACGAUCGGCAAUGGCUGGAAGGCACAGAUCUCCACGCAUCCGUGCUUGGUAGAGAGGCUGCUUGGAAGAAGUAUUGGGAGGAUGGAUUGCAGGUUAUGCAAUCUGCUAGCAUGGACGUAACAGAUUAUACGUGGGAACUUUUUAGAUGGGCUGCCACAGUGUAUUCAUCACGCAGUUUCAAUGGCUCGACCGUUACGCCGAAAGAUGGUCAAUCCUGGACCGCCUACAAACAUACCUCGAGUGGUACCCAAACCGUCCUCCUGAACCAGAACGACUACCCUGAGGACUGGAAGACAUUUUCUGUCCUCUUCCCAGGCAUGGACACCGGGAAUCACAACCCAAAUGCUCGUGUAGACUGGGCUUACGACCCUGAUAGCUUCAGUCUGACCAUCUCUGAAGCUGUCCAAUCCGGCUCGCAAAUCUACAACAACUAUGGUCCCAAAUCAAGCGAGGAGCUGCUGAUGGGUUAUGGUUUCUGUGCACCGAACAAUCCUUACGACGGACUACUCCUGGCCAUGAGACCUCCACCACCACCACUACAACAAAUGCUGAGUAUCACACAUUUUCAGUACUUCAAGACUUCAGGAGAGUGGAAUUCUGAGGCUGCAACAUUCCGUCUGCUACGAGCAAAGUUGCAGGAAACAAGCAAUGCUAGCCCUUUCGACCAAGCGUGGGGAUGUGUUCCUGCACCUCUAGCCGAACUUUUCUGUUAUGUUGUAAAAUUGGAGAGAGGUGUCGAUGUAGCUCCUAUCGAGGAUGCAGAAGAAUAUCUCUACCACGGCAAUGGCAAACGCUACUUGCCUCGUAUCGCACUCUACAUCAUGAUGUCUCUCAUCCCCAAAACCAGCAAGCUAGAAGAAGCCAAUGAGAGGCUUCCCACUCAGCCGACAAACCACCGCCAGGCAUCCGUCAAGAUCUACAGAGACAUGCAAUAUGAAGUCAUCAACACGGUUCAAGAGCGCAUGGCUUCAUACCUCAAAGACCUACAACCAGAAACCGUUGCAUCCUCUGCUGGCUCCGCGAUUUGGACCUUGGAAGACGCUCUUGAACUUCUAGAAAUGGAGAUGCCUGCUGCCCACAAGUCCUUCAUGUCUGGCGUCAAGUACGUAACAGGCACCACAAAACUGCGCAAAUUGCGUGGCUCGGAACACGAAGAAUACCUCUGGACGAUCCUUCUCUGCUUCAUCUACCUCGCCUACACAUCCCAGCCUGCCACAGAAACCCCUGGACUCAUAAGCAGAUGGAUGCAGUCACUAAUCAACGAAUACGGCGAACCCGAGCUCACAGCCGGGGAAGCUGAUGAGGAGGCCGACGAAGAAGCAGCAGAGUACCUCGAUCGCGUCAAGAAAGCUGCCAUGUUCUUGCCUGGUUCUCCAUGGACCAAUGCAGCUUGGACAUCAGACUUUGUGUUGGACUUUGGAAUGAGAAUAUCAAAGUCUCAAGGUACUUAUAUGGAUAUUGGUGAUGAAGAGGUUGGUGAGGAUUUGAGAUAUGUUGUGUACUUGCACGUUUGA